AUGUUUCAACAACUUCCGCUGAUGGGUCCGUUUUUACGAUAUGUGUUCCCCUAUCCUUCAAAAACAAGGCAUAUACAUAUGUAUGUGCGUGCAUGUAUGUAUGUAUGUAUGCGUGCAUUUGUGUAUGUAUGUGUGUAUUUAUUUACUAUUGUAUGUAUGUAUGUAUGUAUGUAUGUAUGUAUGUAUGUAUGUAUGUAUGUAUGUAUGUACGGUAUGUAUGUAUGUAUGUAUGUAUGUAUGUAUGUAUGUAUGUAUGUAUGUAUGUAUGUAUGUAUGCAUGCAUAUAUGUAUGUAUGUAUUUACACAUGUAUGUUUAUGUAUAUAUGUAUGCAUGUAUGUAUGCAUGCGUGUAUGUACGUAUGUAUAUACAUACAUACCUUUUAG